CGUCAUACAACGGUGUGUUUUACAGAGGGGACUUGUGCAAUAAAUAUGAGAACAUCCUUCGUUAACAAAAUUAGUCGUCACUUCGCUUUUUGACGGCAGACCUUAGACGUCGUUGUCAUUCGUGCGUGAUACGUUACCGUCAUGGGUGAUGCAGAAGUGAAGUUUCCAGAGGGAAGAAUCGAAGUCGAAUUGCGUGAUCUCGACGUUCUUUUGCGGAAAAAAUUUGGAGACAGUCUGAUCGUUGACAGUUUUACAACGUGUAACCUUGUGCCUCCGGGAGAGAAUUAUGGAAGUUCGAUGCUCAGCGUUGAAGCCGUCGUUAGACGCGACGGGCAAAGCUCGGAACCUGAGGAGCUGUCGCUAAUCGCAAAGAUGACACCGCCGACUGAGUUCCAGAAGAUGAUGUUCGACAGUCCGUUCACCUUCCGGAAGGAGAUGAACAUGUUCAAGGUAAUCGGACCGGCCUACCAAGCCUUGGAACGCGAAUGCGGCAUCCCCGAAUCAGAAGUACUCGACAUACUUCCAAAUUUCUACGGUGGAAGACUGUCGCUGAAUGAGACGGAGGACACGUUCGAUCACGAUGCGGUGAUCCUGAUGGAGAACCUCAAGGCCAAGAACUACGCCUGCCUGGACAGAAUAGUCGGCAUUGAUCUGCCGCAUGCGAAAUUCGCAAUCGAAGAGCUGGCUCGGUUCCACGCCGUGAGUAUCGCGGUGAAGUUGAAAAAGCCGGACGUCUUUGAAGAGCUUAAGGAGAACGCUAAGCUCCGCAACUUCGAGACGGAGAUGUUCAUGGAGUUCAUUACGUACCUGAUUAAUAUCGUCAAGGAUGUUCCAGUUUUGCAUCCACACCUGCCCAGGAUCGAGAAAGCCCUUUCACGACCUGUUUCCGAUAUUUGGAACAUGAUACCGGAGGAACCUUGGGGUGCGAUAGUUCACACCGACCUCUGGACGAACAACUUGAUGUUCCGCGAUGACGCUAACGGCAAAACGGAGAGCGUUAAGUUCGUCGACUUUCAGACGUACAUGUACCUCAACCCGAUGCGGGACCUCGUGUUCUUCGUCAUCUCGAGCUGCCAGUCGGAAGUUGUCUCUCUGCACAUGGAAGAACUCGCCGAUUUUUACUACGAGAAGUUCCUCUCUCAUCUGGCGAGGCUCGACUGUGACGUCAAUUUGUUCCCCAGGCAUUCUUUCGACGCUCAGUUCGCCGCUGCUGCUAGUUUAGAGCUCUUUCACUGCAUGUUCAUGGCAAGAAUUAUCUGUGCGGAUGCUAAGAAUGACCCCAGCGCCGCUAAACCGGAAUUAAUGCUCCAAGUUGAGCCUACCGAUGAGUUUCGCAGACGAUUAACCGAGAUUACUUUAAAAUACGUUAAUGAGAAUUGGAUAUAAAUUGUCGGACUGUUGUUGCAUUGAGGUAUGAACAGGUCUCUGAUUAAUCGUUAGAAAAUUUUACUGUCACUCAAGCCACGUAAGUCUUGCGGACCAUUCAACGUCUGACGGCGUGAAGGACCAUUGAGCGUUCAAUAAGGAGGUAAAGCAUGGAAUAAAGCUCUUGUUCCGUUGACGACUCGAAAAUGGAAAAUCGUCAUAAAUUAUUACAAGUACGCAGUUCUUCGCUGUGCGUUGUUUUAUCAGUGUGAACAUAAUUUCUAAGGUUCCGUGCAGCUCUCAGCGAGAUGUUUAUCUCUCAAAGUUUCACAUACUGUUUAUUUAUCCUUUAAGACUUUUUAAUGUAAUCGUGAUUUGUUAUCACUGCUGUUCUCGAUGUCUAAUGCUUAUAGUUAUAUAGAUCUGAGGCUAUACAACAUACCUAUGAGAUAUUAUGUAAAUAAACUUUUCGCCGAAUGAUGUUUACAAAUUUA